AUGAGAGUGUUAUGGCUGGCAGCAGCUGCCCUGCUGUCGUCGGCAACAGCAUACAAGACCAAUCAAUACCAAUCCGACUUCUCCAACUCGUUAGCCUCGACGACGCCUUUCUCGAUAUAUGGCGACCGACCAGACGAUUGCCCUCCAUGCUUCAACUGCAACCUUGACAACUUCCAAUGUCACCAAUACGCCAACUGCACAAAGUCAAGUGGCAAAUGUUCCUGCCCCUCAGGCUUUGGUGGUGAGGACUGCUCUCAGCCGCUGUGUGGUUCGCUGGCCGAAGGGCACAACAGAUUGCCGCGCCAGGGCCACGACUGCGAGUGCAACGAAGGUUGGGAGGGUAUAAACUGCAAUGUCUGCAAGACGAACGAUGCUUGUAACGCCAUGAUGCCCGAAGGCGAGGGUGGUGUCUGUUAUCGCGAAGGUCUGGUUGUCAAUGAGAACUACCAAAUCUGCGACAUUACAAACCGCAAGAUCCUCGACCAGCUCAAGGAGAAGAAGCCUCAAGCCACCUUUUCCUGCAACGCCGACCGCAAAGAGUGCAACUUCCAGUGUAUGUCUUCCAUCCCUGCAGUCUGCUACCCACUCGCUAACAUUCCCGACNAAGUCUGGGUCGACCAGGUAGAAUCCUUCUAUUGCGCCCUCGACACGUGUACCUGGUCCUCCAAAGCCGAACCGAACCGCAACUCGACGUCGUACCAUUGCGAAAAUAUCAAGUGUCGUUGUAUUCCAGGACGCAUGCUGUGUGGCGAAGCCGACUCGAUCGACAUUGGAGACUUCCUGGAUGAGGAAAUCAAGGGACCUGCCAGUUUCUCGUCUGUCUCGACUGAAGGCGGUAGCGCUUCGGACGGCAGCAAGUUCCAGGAGCCUGCCAUGAACGACCUUAUCUCGAGCGUCUUUGGAGACGACAGCAUCACCCUCAAGUGUCAUUCUGGAGAGUGUCUGUAUGUCACCGACGUCCCUGGUUAUGAGAGACCCGUCAAGAAGAUCAACACUCNNCCCCUCAUUGCCGGUGUCAUUGCAGGUUGUGCGCUAUUCGUCGUAGCUGUGAUCCUGAUUGUCUGGUUCCUCUCGCGCAGAAAGACAAAGUAUGGCCCUAUCCACCUCUCUGAUGACGAGGACGACUUGAACGCCGCCCUCCUUGCCGACCACAAACCCGCCAGUCUCUAUUUCGAAAACGUCUCGUAUGCCCUCAAGGGCAAGCAGAUUCUCACCGACAUCCAAGGUGCUGUUCAUCCUGGUCAGCUCAUGGCCAUCAUGGGUGCCUCUGGUGCUGGCAAAACCACCUUCUUGGAUAUUCUGGCUAGAAAGAACAAGCGCGGUACUGUCAUUGGCAACUUCCUGAUCAAUGGAGAGAAGAUCCCGGACAACGAGUUCAGAAGUGUCAUCGGCUUUGUUGACCAGGACGAUACCAUGCUGCCUACCUUGACUGUACACGAGACUAUUGUCGACAGUGCCAUGCUUCGUUUGCCCAAAGAGAUGAGCUACGCUUCCAAACUGCAAAAGGUCGAAGACGUGGAAAGGCAGCUCGGCAUCUACCACAUCCGUGAUCAACUCAUCGGUUCCGAAGAAGGCAAUGGACGCGGUAUCUCUGGUGGUGAAAAGCGCAGAGUCGGCAUUGCCUGUGAGCUCGUCACGAGCCCCAGCAUCCUCUUCCUCGACGAGCCUACCAGUGGCCUCGAUGCCUUUAACGCUUUCAAUGUCGUCGAAUGUCUCGUCCACCUCGUCAAAACAUACAACAGAACCGUCGUCUUCACCAUUCAUCAGCCCCGCUCCAACAUUGUUGCACUUUUCGAUCAGCUAGUCCUCCUUGCUAAGGGUAGAACUGUUUACUCUGGACCAUUCGGCAACUGUCAAGCUUACUUUGACAACAUCGGCUACUCCUGUCCUCCUGGCUUCAACAUUGCAGACUAUCUUGUUGACUUGACAAUGCACGCUAGCACCGUUCAUCCCCAGAUUCCCGAAGACAGCUCCAUCUUCCGCCAACCUAUCGGUCGCAGUACUCGUGCAAGCAGCGCGGUCGCUGUCAAGUCCGUCCCAAGUGUCUCUAAUUUCAGCGUCGAGCAAGGAGGCUCCAUUACAUCAGACUCUCCUCUCAGACCCAAGAACAGUCGCACCGCAUCAAUCAAGCAGCAACAGGAUAGAGCACUUUUCACCAGGAAGCAAUCUUCGCGAGAACCCCCUGCAACUGCAAGCACCAUUCGCUCCGACGCCUCCUCUCUGGAAAACAGCUUCGAGAACACUCAGCAAUGGCUCAAGAUGAGAGGAGUACAACAAUCUCACGAUGAUCCCAAUGGUCUUCCUCCAGACGCUGAGGGAGUCACAAACACAGACCUCGACAACCUCGUCCAAGCUUUCGCCGAUUCAGAUGUCGCCGCCUCUAUUCGGGAUGAUAUUCGCAAUGCCAUGUCUGAAGCAGCUCAGUCGAAUGGUCAAGCUAACGGUGCGGCUAAUGGCGGCCCUGCUCAAUCUUCAGUCAAGGGCUAUCGCAAGACUGGUAUUCUCGGUCAAUUCGUUAUUCUGUCCAAGCGUACAUGGCGCAAUCUGUACAGAAAUCCUCUGUUGAUGCUGACCCACUAUGCGAUUGCCAUUCUACUAGCUGUCUUCCUCGGCUUCCUCUUCUAUGGUCUGACUGAUGACCUGAAGGGCUUCCAAAAUCGUCUCGGUUUCUUCUUCUUCCUGCUCGCGCUGUUCGCUUUCAGCACUCUGACCUCUUUGACCGUCUUUGCUCCAGAACGUCUUUUGUUCGUCAGAGAGCGUGCCAAGGGUUACUAUUCUCCCUUGGCCUACUACGCAUCAAAAGUCGUCUUCGAUAUUGUUCCUCUUAGACUCAUCCCUCCUAUCAUCAUGGCCGUCAUUGUCUAUCCUAUGACUGGUCUUCUACCUACAGCUGCUGAAUUCUGGAAAUUCAUGCUGUUCGUUGUUCUCUUCAACCUUGCCGCGGCUACAGUAUGCUUGUGCAUUGGCAUCGUCAUCAAGAACCAGGGUGUCGCAAACCUGGUUGGUGUCCUUGUCAUGUUGUUCAGCUUGCUUUUCGGCGGCUUCUUGCUCAAUCACGAGACCAUCCCCAAGGGUCUUCGUUGGUUGCAAUCAGUAAGUCACCGUCUUCAUGUUGUGUUCUGUAACACUACUGACCCCCUCCCAGNNAUUUCCAUCUUCCACUACGGUUUCGAAGGCCUGAUCGUCAACGAAGUUCGCUACCUUUCGCUCAUCGACCACAAGUAUGGUCUUGACAUUGAGGUACCCGGCUCGGCUAUUCUAAGCUCUUUCGGCUUCAAUGUUCUUGCGCUUUGGAGUGAUGCCAUCGGUCUUGCCGUAUUCUGCGGUGUAUUCUUGGUGUUGGGAUACGUGGCAAUGCAUUUCUUGCUCGUAGAGAGAAGGUAG